AUGAUAAACGGUUUCCUCCUAGAAAGGGGUACUUCACCACCUCCACCAACAACCACGAGCACUCAACCACCUCCACCACCUCCACCAACAACCACAAGCACUUCAACAUUUCCACCAACAACCACGAGCACUCCAUCACAUCUACUAAUAACCAUGAGCACUACACCAUUAAAUGUUGUUACAGGAACACUUACACUCCUUCAGCAAAUUAAGCUUAUGUUCUACUGCAGGCACGAGUACCCCACCACCUCCACCAAAAGAAAAGCAAAAACCAGCUACCACUCCAAUGGAACUAAGAGGUGAUUGCCUCUGAUUGGCUCUGAUUGCCAGUUGGCUUCACCAAGUUUUGAUAAGACAUAUGUGAAACUGUUACUGGCACACCAGCUCUCCUCACAUCCUCACCGAUAUAUAUGAACAGUUGGGUUGGAGAAAUAGAUGGCACAACAACUAUCACUAAUCAUGAAGGUACAUUUUACUGUGGCACAUUGAAGAGUUCUCUCCUGAAUACCUACUGCAGGCC